AUGCUACAAGAUCUCCAGAAUGGACAGUACCCCCAUGAUAAUGAUCAAGAGACACUCACAGAUAUUACACUUAAUGCACUGAGUUACAAGGACUUUCCCACACUGCGACAUGUGCAGGCAAAACUGAUAGUCCAAGCAAAAAGUGCUCUCAACCUGUAUCUUGAUCCUAAACUGUCAUGCUCAUGGUGUGAAGCUUCAUUACUGGUUGCAAAAUCCCAUGGCAAGGGAUUGAGCCAUGCCCACAAUAUAUGCACUUGGAUUCAUAAUUUUCUCCACUAUGAAAUACUCCCUCUUCAUCAUUAUGGCCAUUAUUCAAACACUAUCCUCAAGGACAAAGAUUUUGCUCAAGACAUUCAGCUUCAUCUUAUGGAGGUUGCAAAGCAUGACUACAUAUGCACACAAUAUAUUGUUGACUAUAUCACAAGACCAGAAGUCCAGGGAAAGCUUGGUUCAAAGAAGACCAGGAUCUCACUGGCCACUGCACAAAGAUGGAUCCAUAAGUUGGAUUGGCAAUAUGGGAAGAAAUGGAAUGAGAUGUAUAUUGACAGCCAUGAGUGUGAGGAUGUAGUGAAGUACCAUGAGGAAUUUUUGCAAUGCUGGAAAGAAUACAAGAAGUGCAUGGUAACAUAUGAUAAUGAUAGUAAUGUCCUCACUAGUCCAUCUGGAUUCCCUGUUGCUCAAGGUGAUAAGGCAAUACCAGAGCAGAAGGAUGAGGGGCCAUCCUUGAUGAUACCAGAUAUGGUGACACUCAACUGGGGAAGGUUAAAGGAGGAGGAGGCUUGCAUUAUCUUCAAAGCUGGCAAAAAUCAAGAUGGUUAUUUUUCAGCUGAAGACUUGCUUGUCCAGGUUGAACAGGCAAUAGAUAUAUUUGAAUGCAAAACCAAUGGUUUUGCUACUGGUUUAUUUAUGUUCAGUGAUGCACCUAGUCAUCAAAAACACGCACCUGAUGUGGUAUCUGCACAAAAAAUGCCAAAACAGUCAAAGGCAGGCCAGACACCUACAUAA